GUUAGUCUAGUUAUUGAAUGAGGCGUGGUUAAUUAUUAAAUUAACUUGGCGGCCAUGUUUGCAAAACUCAAACAAAAAACUCUUGAAGAGAAAGCCCAAGCGACCCCUCCAAGAUCCCAGACCCCUCAGAGGUCCAUACCACAGAGUAGCCCCAUUCCUCCUGAUACUGGUAUUAAAAAUGAAGACGUGAUACCCAAAGCUCCUGUUGUCGAGAAAGAAGAGAAUUCUCCUGAUAAAACCGACACCAAACAUCUAAACAAAGAACCUGAAGACCACACCUCCAAAUCAGAAGACCACACCCAACAAUUAAAAACUGAAACUCAUCCAUCUUCCUCCUCGUCUGCACAAGACGAGACUGAGGAAGUGUCUCAAUCGAAGAAAUCACCAGCUCCAGCCUCUAGAGAGAACCCUUCCACUCCUACGUCUCGCCCAUCGACCAGCGACGAGCAAACGGUGUCUGAUAGUUUAACAAGAGAUGAGCUUUAUUCAAUGGUUGUCAAACAGCGGAAAGCCAUGCUCAGAUACAAGGGAAAGAUAUCAGAAUUAACUGCUGCGCAAAAGAGUUUUGAAACACAGUUGGCUGAGAAAGAGGCGACCGUGAGUAGCAUUGAUAAGAAGUAUCAAAGGAAGCUGUCCGAGAUGAAAGAAGCACAAGAGCUUGAUAGACAAGCCAAGGCACACAUGGAGGAAACCUUUCGCUCGUCACUCGAGGAAAAAGACGAGAAAAUUAAUGUCCUACAGACUCAGGUACGGAUAUUAAAGGAGAGACAGUUAUCCUUCCAAGAAGACAAGGACAAAGUGACUGAAUUAAGUGCACAACUAGCAGAGCUACAAGAGAAAUCGUCCAAUCAAGAGAAGACACUGAUGCGAUACAAAGAGGGACUCAGGCUAGCAAGAGAGAGGGUCACAGCAUUAGAGAAGGACAAAGAGUCUCUGACAGCCGAAAUACAACAACUGAAAACUGAAGAAACAGACAAUGGAGAAAAGGCUGAUUCUCCUGAAGAUGAUGCUAGUACUACAAAAGCAGUCGAUGAAUCUUUCAAACUCGAGAGGCAAAGCCUUCAAGAAACCAUACAGCGUCAGUCUGAGCAGUUAGCAGAAAAAGAAAAUGAGAUAAACAAGAUGGCCUCCGCUUUUCAGAAAGAGCACGAAGAAAAGGCGGAGUCAUAUAGAAAGUCUCAGGAAGAGAUUGAAGAGCUUAAAGAGCAGAACGAGCUGUUGAAAGAUGCCAUCAGAACUAACACUGACCAAACUAAAGACCUCAAAAACUUGUUGUCUCAGAAAGAAGCCGAAGCAUCACAGCUACAAGUGACACUGCAAGAGUUCAUGACGUCUGUCUCUGCGAAGGAAACGGAAUUGAUAGAAAAGGAAAAGAACAUUGAAAAACUAUCGGCCGAAUUGACAGAAAUGACUCAGAGGUUUAAAGAGAAAGAAAAAGAAUUUACGAGCGUCUCGGAAGAAUUGAGAUCCGAGAGAGAAUCGUUAGAGAAAAAGAGACUGGAAGACGAGGCAUCUCAGAAGUCUAUGACCGAUGCUCUUGUAUCCAAGAAUGAAGGUUUAGCUAGAACAGUCGAGUCUUUGAGAUCUGGACUCGAGGAAAAGGAAAUCAUGAUACUCUCACUACAAGAGAACGUUAAAACAUUGGAAGAGAAGAUGGCUGAGCUGAAGAGUGAAGCAAGAGACCUUGAAAAUAAACACAAAGAAAGUAUUAAAGAACUUAAAAUGAAAUAUGAUGAAGAUGCUAAAGGGGAAUUUGAGUCCACUACCCAGUCUCAUAAAGAUGAACUGGCUACUCUGACCAGCCAACACAACAUGGAGCUAGAGAAAAUGAAGGAAGAGCAUAAGAAGGAAAAAGAACAACUCCAAACUGCAGCUCAUCAACAAAGCGAAACCAUUUUGAAACUAAAAGAGCAACACAAGAAGGACUUAGAGCAGCUUCAAACAGCCUCUACUAGUCAGCAAGAUGAGAUGAUAUCACAGCUAAAAGAGCAACACAGAAAAGAGAUAGAACAGCUUCAAACAGCCUCCACUAGUCAGCAAGAUGAGACGAUAUCACAGCUAAAAGAGCAACACAGAAAAGAGAUAGAACAACUUCAAACAGCCUCCACUGCUCAGCAAGAUGAGACGAUAUCACAGCUAAAAGAGCAACACAGAAAAGAGAUAGAGCAGCUUCAAACAGCCUCCACUGCUCAGCAAGAUGAGACAAUAUCACAGCUAAAAGAGCAACACAGAAAAGAGAUAGAGCAGCUUCAAACAGCCUCCACUAGUCAGCAAGAUGAGACAAUAUCACAACUAAAAGAACAGCACAGAAAAGAGAUAGAGCAGCUUCAAACAGCCUCUACUAGUCAGCAAGAUGAGACGAUAUCACAGCUAAAAGAACAACACAGAAAAGAGAUAGAGCAGCUUCAAACAGCCUCCACUAGUCAGCUACACCAGGUACUUGAAGAAAAACAAAAUGAACACGAAGCCUCAAUCCAGAAUUUAUUAGCUACCCAUAAAGAAGAGCUCUCAGAGUUUGCAUUGAAACUGGAUGAAGCAAAUAAAGAGAUCAAAGAGAUGAGAGAGAGACAGAGUGUAGCUCUGGGGCAAGUCACAGGAGAAAUGAAAGGGAAAGUAAAUGAGUUGCUAUCGACAAAGAAAGAGCUCACCCAACUCAAGGAGAAAUUGUUAACGGCUAAUGAAGAGAUUAAAAACAAGACGACAGAAUUGCAAUCAAUUAGAAAUGAGCUUGAAGUUCUUCAAGAAAAACAUGCUGUUGCUUUGGAAGCCUCUGCUAGCGAACUAAGAGCCAAAGGGGCUGAGCUAGACUCUGCCAGGAAGGAGAUUGAAGAGAUGAAAGAGACGCAUGAGCUUGGAUUAGCACAACUCAAGGAAGAGGCUGAGAAUAAGGAGAACGAGCUAAAGGUUCUGAGGACCAGUCUUAGAGACAGCAGUGAUAGCUCAGAACAGAAGCUAUUGUCACUGGAGACUCAGUUAAAGGAAGAUCACGAUAAAGCUAUGAAUGCAUUGAAGAGUAAAAUGACUCAGGAACACGAGAGGUCUGUUCUUUCGCUAAAGAAUGAACUGACGACCAGUUUUAAUGAAGAGAGGGCCAAUAUGACUGAAGCUCAUGCUAAAGAAGUAGAAGAAAUUAAAAGCUCUCACUCUGCAUCUCUGACAGAACUAGAGAAUAGGCUCAAGGAGGACAAUGUGCAAACUAAAAAUAAAUUAAAAGAGACUGCAAGCAAAGCGCAGGCACUCAAGAAAAAUAUUCAAGAGGUGAAAGGUCAAAAUACAAAGCUAGAGCAAGCGCUUGGUGGUGCAAAGGAGAAAGAAGAGAUUGCCAGGCAAGAGAUACUUCAACUGCGUAAGCAGCUAGAAAUAAUGAGUGGGGCCUCGAGUGAGAGAGAGAAAGAGCUCUUGCAGCAGUUGGGGGAGAUUGAGACUCAAUUUAAGGAAACUCAGUCGCAGCUAAAGGAAAUGACAUCUCGUCUAAAAGAGGCGGAGUUAAAUCUUAAAGAGACUCAGACCCAUUUUGAGGAGUCGGCAAGAGUUACUCAAGAGUCUCACAGGCAAGAAAUAGAGUCACUGCAGAUACAGUUAUCAGAUGCAAAGCAGACUGUGAAACAAGGGGAAACUGCAAAAAAGAAAUUCAACGAAAAGUUCCAACAGCUUAAGACGAAACACGAAACAAUGGUGGGGGAUUUGAACAAGAGGAUAGAGGAGCUGAACUCAUCUCUUGCUAAUGAGAGAGAAGAGAAGAAAAGAAUAUUAGAAGAAAAGGCAAGGGAGAUGGAAAGGGUGAAAGAGGAAGCCUUAAGACUGGCAGAAAAAGAAAAAACUGCUGCCCUUGCUAGUGCAAAGGAAGAAAGAAACAAAGUUGUGACUGAAUUAAAAUCAAAGCACGAGGCAGAAAUAAAGACAUUGAUAGAGGAAGAGAGAGCUAGUGCUAAAGAGAGCAAUGAGAGAGUAGCUAAAGAGAACCUUCAGAAGGCAGAAGCAUCAUGGAAAGAAGAGAGGGAGGGUGAGAGACAGAGCAACUCUCUCGCAGUUAAACAGUUGAAGGAAACAAUCAGAAAUAUUGAACAAGAUCGGGAGAGACUGAGCAAAGAAAUAAUGACACUGAAAUCUGAGAAUGAAGCUCUCUCAGGCUCCUUGAAAGAUCUAAACGAAUCUAUGACCAGCCAAAAUCAAAUUAAAGACAAAGAGAUACAAGGAGUAAGAGAGACUCUGGCAGAGAAGCAAGCACUGGUUGUAAAAUUACAACAGGAAGCUCAUAAAGCCCAAGAAGAAGCAUCAAAGGCUCAGACUGAGUCUUCUUCAUCAGUAGAGAAACAAGUAGAGGCAGCAAGACAAGAGAUAAAGAAGAAAGCUGAGGGCAAGCUAGGGACCAUAAAGAAGCAACUGACAGCUCAGUUUGAGAAGACGGAGUCAGAACUUAAGAGGCAGCUACUUGAGAAAGAAAAGAAGUUGGAGUCAAUGACCGCGUCCUUUGAAGACCUGAAGAGAAAGAAUGAGAGCCUGGAGGAGAGGGGACAGGGGCUCUCUGGAAAGGUGAGUUCUCUUCAGUCACAACUAGAGCAGCUGGAGAAGACUCACAGCGAGAGAUUCGUACAAUUGGAGGCGUCUUUGAGAGAGAAAGAGAGCGAGUUGUUUGAGAAAUCCCAAGAGUACUCUGAACUCUCCUCUAGUAAUGAAGAGAUGGAGAAAGAGCUCACGGGAUUAAAGAAAUCACUGGAAGAGAAAGAGAGAGUACUACACGUAAAAGAAACAGAGUCCAAGGAAGGGAAUGAGCAGCUCGCCCUAAAACUGGCAGCCAUUAGAAAUGAGAGAGACGAUCUUCAAAGAGAGCUAAGUGACAGCGAAAAUAGAAGGAGCCAAUCGGAGAAAGAAGCAAGUGAGAGAUUGGAAGAGAAGCUGGCCGAGAUCAAAGGCCUUGAGAAGAAACUCAGACAAAGCGAGCGUAAACUGGUACAAGCUGAUAAGGAAUGGCAGGAGAAGAUGGAAGAGAUCCUCACCAAAGCAAACAAAGAGCACCAGAGACUCACGCAAGAGCUUGAGGUGAAGAACCUUUCUCGUUCAUCGGCAGAAUCAAAUAUGGAGACACAGGUAUUAGAACUAACAACUGACUGCGAGGAACUGAGACAAAGACUGCAAAUAAUGGAAGAAGAGGGGAAUAGGGAGAGAGAGGCAAGCGAGCAUAAGGUCAUUGAAUUGGAGGGUCUUGUCUCUAGCUACCAGUUGAAACUGAAGCAAGAGGUAUCCGCUGUAAAGAAGCAAUGCAAGGAGGAGCUUGAGGCUGCUGUGGUGAAACACAAGACAGAAAUGGAGUCUUUGAAGAGAAGGCAACAGAUGAGUCUUCAAACUGGAUCUGAGGGUGAGAAGGAGGAGUGGUAUCUCAUUGAGAUUGCUGAUUUGAAGCAAUCGCUCGAAGUGGCUAAAACUGAAGCUCAUUCUGCUAGAGAGAGGCUGAUGAAAGAAGAGAAGAAAGUAUUGACAUUAGAAACGCAAUUGAGUCAGCUAACCCCUGAUAAUACAAUAAGAGAGACAGGAGAGAGAGUGAAAGGAGGAGGAGGAGGUAGUGGAGGAGAUAAGGAGUUGGAAUAUUUGGAUAAGAUACAUAAUUUAGAAGAGCAGAUUGAUCAACUGAAUGAAAGUCAGUCAUCAAUGACAAGGUUGGAGGGAAUCGUAAAGGAUUACAAACAGGCUCUGAAGGCCAGCGAAGCAGAAAAGGAAACACUAGCUGCUAAAUUAAUCAAAUAUGAGGGUCGUCCACUGGCAAGUACGCCUGUGUCCUUAUUUUCAUCUCCCACGUCACCAUUGACCACGCCUACAACUCCAUUGAGAUCUCUCCCCUCCAAUUUUCCCGAUACUCCUUCAAAAGAUGUGAAACUGGAGUCUGAACCGCGUGGACCGGAAUUUGAUUUUUUCCGGAAUGUUCUUUUUGAGUACAUGAUGGGUAGACAGAGGCAGCAGUUGGUGAGGGUCAUUGCUGCACUAGCAAGGUUUUCUGACAGACAAAAGAAAGAGCUUUUUUCUAAACGAGAUUUAUAACAAAAAAAACAACUAUUAAAUAAUAAUGUAUAAGAAGUAAUGCAAGUACAAUACCUUUCAUAUGAUCUCAUUGGUAAUAAUUUUUGUACAAUAAUUAUUGUUAUAAUUUUCAUUUAAAUCCUA